AUGAUUGGUUCGAUAACGCUUAUUUUGAUUUAACUGUCGUAUAAAAGAUAAGUUGCGAGUUGCGACACCGCCUUGCGACUAAAUAUGGUACCAACUUAACGCAACGAGUUAACGAACUCAUUCUGUUAUUGUUCCGUGAUCGAUGAUCAUUCGUUGAAGUUCGUUGAAUGUUGAACUGUGCUUGUGAUAAUAUUUGUUCUUCUGGAGGCCUAUUCUGUAACUUUUAACAAAUGCGUUAUAACUGUAACGCAUGCGUUAGUCGUCGUAUCGUCGACGAAUUCAUGGUUAACAAAUGAAUUAUAGUUAUAACGCAUGCGUUAAAAGUUACAGAAUAAGUCUGCUGGAUCGAUUGCUAUUCUAAUAAAGAAGUCAUCACCAACAAAAAUGAGUGAAAGUCCACCGUUUAUUAUCAAAAUUUAUUACAUAACAUUAUUGUGAAUGCAGUAUAAGCAAUAUAUUUUAGUACUGAUGUUGUUCUUGUAUUAUUUUUACAUCUAUCAUAGGAAAGUAGGAAUCGUCGUAGAAAUACGAACAAGCAAAUAAUUAAUGAAUUAGUUAGGCAAUGUAGGAAUCAAAGAAAAUUGGACGAUUUAAGAAAUCGAAUUACUACUGUCUACAAGACAGAGGCUUCAUCCGAUGAAGAGGUUUCAUCCGAUGAAGAGGUUUCAUCCAAUGAAAAGGUUUCAUCCGAUGAAGAGAAUAAUGAAAUGCUGCCCAUUCCAGGGAUUGAAGAUAUUUCUUUAUUAGAAACAAAUUCUGAAGUAUCAACAGAAUCUGAUGCAUCUAUCGAUCAACUUGAAAAUGAAAAUAUGGAUGAUAACAAUAAUUAUAAUAAUGACAAUGACAGUGAAUUACAUUUUGAAGAUGAGAAUAAUGACAGCGAAGGAAGUGUUGAAAUUAAUGAUGCUAACAGAUAUAGUAACGAUGAAGAAAAUGAUGAUUUAAUGAUUGAAUUUGAAAAUGACGAACAGAGAGGACGCUAUGUUUUAAAAACAUUGAGGGAGUGGGCUCUUGAAGGAGGUGUGUUAUCUAUGAAGAAGUUAAAUGAUUUACUUCGUAGAUUGAGAGUAUUGUUUCACAUCUUACCUAAAAGCUACAAAACCGUUAGGUGAUAAUGAAAAAAUUGUAGCAUCAAAACUUAUGACCAAAUUGAUGACUAAUUCCUUAGCGAAACAAUUCAACUUUGAUGGUCAUAAUCCUCAAAAGGCUAAAGUUAAUAAAAGGCCAUUUAAGAAACUGAAACUAUGGGAAUUAUUUCAAGGAGUUAUGCUAUUAAAAUUUCCUACCAGUGAUUUGGAAGAUGCCUUAAAUGCAGUCAGAAAUUGGCUACGAAACGCUGCUGGGCGCAACGUUUCCAAGUUCAAUUGGCUUAACAAUGGAGAAGACUACAUUCGUUUACGCAGUAGUCCGCAGUACUGCGAGCAAGGCAUCCUAAGCAGGACCUCCGAGAUGGCUGCGCAGAUAGGCAGCAGCUCUGCUUAAACGAACAACAAACUGCGCUGCAGUCGGUUGCGCAGGAGGAGACGAGAAAGAGUGGGAGAACAAAUCGCAGACGGGCGGGACGAUCGAGAGCAAUCGCGGGCGGAGAAUGUAAGAAGUGCGCUAAGCACAGUAUACACCUGAGCUCGCCUUUUAAAGGUGUUGCAGAAGCGUGGUGGAAAACCGUACGAUGAAUGCGCCUUUCGCUCAUGAGUUGGAGCAGCAACCGUUCCAGUGAUUCCAACGGUGUGAGCGGAGACAGGAGCGGAGACGAGAGCUGAGAAGAUCCAAGACUUUGUGACGAUUUUGCAUCUCUGAGAUUUGACUCAUCUGAUCGAAUCAGCUCGUCUGAGAGGAGAACGCGCGAUGCGCGACGCUGCUGGUCCGCGCGAACGACGCUGGAAUCGUCGUCGCGAGUCGCGAGUGCUCUUCGAACAAGUGUGUACAUACGAGCAAUUUUGAGAAGGAAAAGAGAGAAUAAGCAUGAGAUAUGAACCAGAGGCUGUGAAUAAUACUCUCGUGUAAAACCGAGCGAUCAUCGAUAUGUCAUCGCGAGGAUCCAGAUUCGACCAGCGUGUUUCCACGAGAAGAGGAAUCAUCCGCGGAUAAGGAUCGAUAGAAUAAGGAAGAUAAUCUCUCUCCAAAAAGCGAAUGACAAGAUUGAUGCAGCAUAAAUGACGCGUAUGAAUCAAUCUUUUUUAAAAUGCAAUAUACAUAUUAGAGAAAAUACUUUUUAUCAUAUAUUGCAUGCUCACAAUGAGCUCUAAACGCGAAUGUUGACUGAUCAAUCAUAUAUUUAUCUUUAAUAUUCUUAUACGAGUGCAUUGACAUAGACAUCAAAAUGCAUAAUUCUAGAUAUGCUGGUUAUCACAUUAACACAAAUCGUGAUUAUAUUACAGAUGGUGAAGAGAGUCAUAGAGCUCCUUCAGAUCGCACCGUGUCUGAGUAUAUCGUUGCCAACGAACAUACUACCAUAGUAAAACCAAUAAAAAAUCACGCAGACAAAUAUGAUAGAGAAGACAGAAGAUCCAGAAGCGCGCACAAUACUCGCGAUUCAGUAUUGUCUGGAUCUUCGAAACAUAGUUUACAUCAGCUUAGCAAAAGUGCCUCACACGGCAGCAUUUGUGACAAUGGUUCAGAUAUAUAUGUCACCAGUGCUGCAUAUAGAGCCACUUCCGACAUAAGUCGGAUAUCACGCCAUAGUUUAGCACCAAGCUCCAGAUUGGAUCACAGAGCGCCUAGUCACUACAGCUAUGGUUCCGGCAGAUCAGGCACUUCGACAGUGAAAACUCGUACAUCACGGAAAGGUGGUAUAGUUGUGGAAACUAUGUCGACACCCAAUCCUUUCUGCCCAAACACCAAAGGUGUUUGUUGCCUUAUGUUACUUCUUAAUCUCGGCUUGAUCCUGGUUACUCUGGGCUUUGUCAUUGUCAUACAAUUCUUCCAACCAUUAGUUGUUUGGAUCUUAGGAAUAGUAUUUCUGGUGUUUGGAUUUUUAACACUGAUUGGCAGUCUUGUGUAUUGUGUACAUGUAUUCAAAAAUGCUAAACACCCACAUGAUAUCAAUCCUGAAGAUCUAUAUUGGACCCAUUACUGGCAAGGUCGUGUUGGUUCUACAGCACCAGAAGUUUAUUAUAAAGCAGAAGACAAAUAUCAGGAUGAUGGCUAUAGUGACCGAUAUAGCAAAUAUUCAGGAAAGUAUUAUGGCAGACAAAAUCAAAGAUAUUGAUUAUAAAAUAUAAAGAAUGCUAUUAACUGAAGUAAAAUUCACUCACUCUGCCUCUUUUUUAAUUCUAUAAAGUAUUUUGGAUACCAAUGAUAAAUAAAAAAACUAAUCUCGGUGCAAUAAAAUAUUACUUAUAAUUUUGUAUAUAUAGACAUUGUACUAACAUCUUUUUCCUCUUUUGGAAAAAUACAAAUUGUAAAUUUACUUCUUU